CUCCUGAGGUGCUUCUUGAAGGUAGAGAGGGACGCCCCUUAAAGGUUUGAUCUUAAUUCUCCUAUUUUCCUCGACUCCUUCUUCUAAGCCACGCAGCGGAAAACACCUCCCGCUGGAGGUAGGCCUCAUGACCAUGGUCUCCGAGCUGCCAGAGUGCUCCAACAUCCUCAAGCUUCUGGAGUGGUUCGAGGGGCCCGACGUCUUCGUCCUCAUCCUGGAGCGCCCCAUACCCUGCAUGGACUUAUUUGACUACUGCCUAAAGGUCCAGGGGCGCCUCAGUGAGCAGCAGGCGAGGGACAUCUUGCGCCAGGUGGUCCUCGCCGUGAAACACUGCCGUGACCGCGGGGUUUUACAUCGCGACAUAAAGCCAGAGAACCUUUUGGUCAAUACGGAGAACAUGUCUGUAAAGCUGAUUGACUUUGGCUGCGGGGACCUUUUGAGCGAGAGCCCCUUUGAUGCCUUUGCUGGCACGGAGGAGUUUAGCCCACCCGAGUGGGUGUUGCACGGCAAGUACGAGGGCCGCCAGGCCACCGUUUGGUCCCUGGGAGUGCUGCUCCAUCUCCUGGUCUCUGGCGAGCUGCCAUUUGUGGACGAGGAGGAGAUCGUCUCUGGACCUUUGCGGUUCAGGAGGGAACUAUCCUGGGAACACCUGGACAAGAAAUGUCCACAAGAACUGGCAUGGGGGUCUAUUAGGUCCACAAGCACAAAACAGGGGCAGCUAACAUCUAAACAAUACCCUUCAGAAAUUGAGGAGAUUCAGCAGAGUUGGUUGAUUGAGACUUUGAGGUCUUUCACUGGCUCUCCUAACCUGGCUGGGUUUAUAAUUCAGCAUGAAAAAGGCACCCUGUACAUGGAGCAGGCAGCACCUACCAUCUCAUAUCUGGCCUUCUCCAGGGAACAAUCUUUGUAACAUCGUCAGAAUAACCCCCAGAAAUGACCAGGUGCAGCAGGGCUGGUUGAUAGUCACUCUCCCAGCCCUGCUGUUGGCUGCACACCCAGCCAGUACGCCUGUGUCUUACAAGUACCACGGACUGGGCCGGUUGUGGGAAGCACUUUGCAUUUCAUGAAAAGGGCUGUUCCAGAAAAGCAUUCCUCCAACCCAUGUCGCCAUCCUCUCCACCGUAGCCAGUCGCCUCAUUUGGCAAUAAAAUCAUUUUCAAUCAAAUUUCAAUAAAAAUGUUUUAUACAA